AUGAGAUCCUAAAGUAGGGUAAGUGAAGAAUCUUCUCUACUUGACCCCUCAAUAGAUCCUUCAGAUUCAAGAGCCAAGUCUAGUAGUGUUGCAUCCAAGAGAUCAAUUCUCAACGAAUAAUUCUUGAAUAGUCUACCUGAGUAAAUUAUCAAGCAAAGUAAGAUUACAUCGAAAGAUAAGAAGAUAACAUUAUGGACUGAUGUUGUUAUAAACAAGAAUUUCCCUACUACAGUUCAGAAGAAGAAAUUUAGUUAUAAUACUGCUUAGAUCAUAAACUCAGGUAUUGUACCUGAAGUAGUCAAUGAAUUACCCUAACCAACUCUUAAGUAGUUAAAGACAAACAAUGUCCAGGUUGAACAUCUCAACAUAGAUGUUGACUAUAUCAUAUCACUUCCUCUGUUCGAAUGUCUUGAUCAAGAUCGCAAAUUGCUUUCAAAGCAGUAUUAAGCAGUACAGAUGUACUAACUAGAUGAGUUGAAACCUAGAGUGAUAGCUCACAAGUUGAAAAUGCCAGUGAAAGAUGUGUACUAUUCUGUAUAAAAGUUCAAGCAGGAUAUUAAAGCAAUGGUUAAUCCUCCACCAGUAAGAGGUAAACCUGGCAGGAAAAAGUUGAGAGAUAAUCCUCUCCUACUCGAUGCUAUCGAGAGGUUCAUCUAACUCUUUGGAAUCUAUGAUAUAACUGCAGCUAAACUGCAUGCCUACCUAGGCGAUUUAAAACAUCAAAAUGAAUUACCUGUUGAAGUUCAUAUUCCAUCUAAGAAUACCCUACUCAAGAUCUUGAAUGAAACUUUUCAUCUCAGGUAUGGACAUUUGCAAGCAGCAAAUCUAAAGUACAGAGAUCCGACUUACAACAACAAACGCCUUUGGAUAAGUAGACUACUAGGUUAGUUCAUCCACGAUGACUUCCUGAUAGUGUCUAUAGAUGAAAGUAACUUUCGUUCAGACUCACUCCCAAGUAUGUAAUGGGAGUUUAACUAGGCAUCUCUUAGAAGGAAAUGCAAAGCUAAGGAAAUUCCUCCACACCCAUCACUCAAGAAGAGUGUAGUAUUUGCAAGUAACUAAUUCCUUACUUAUGGCCACCAGUUAAACAAGUAUGAUGAUGAGUUAGUUGACAUAGACGAGUAGGAGUAAAGUGUCACUGAUGAAAAUCAGAAUACUCUAAAUGCAUCCAACUCAAGAGUUCUUGAAUAGUUCUAGUCACCAACUAAGCAGGUGUGGAUGAAUGAUUUCGCUUAAAUGCCUAAGAGUAGGCUAUUAAAUAAUCUAGAAGUAAUUCAAGAAGAGGAGGAAUCUCCAAUUCCUUAGACCACUGUUCGCAAGAUGAUGCUUGGAUUACUACUUGAAAGUCCAGAAGUAAAAGUUGUAAAUGAUGAUUCAUUACCUACUCCAGUCAACUUAAACUAGAGACUAGCAUCAGCUAGUAAGACUCCACUAGAACACAAACUCGAUUAACUAGCAAUAUUCUCUACUCCUAAGAGAGCUCAAGAUGAUUAAGCAUUGCUUAAGUCUACUAGUGUAGAUGAAGUAAUUUAACCAAGGAGACUAAGAUCAUUUAGUAAUUAUCAUCAAUCAAGCAACUCAAAUGAGGAGAGUAAAGACAAUUAAGUUGCACUUGCAACUGUAGGCGAUUACCUGUAAAUCCCUGAGGAUUUACUUGAGUCUCAACUAGACCAGUAGUAAGAUGAAACGAUUGGAGUAUAAAGUAUAGAUAAUCAGUAGUUCAAUUCACUAUAAGAUCACUAGUUAGAGUUACAACAAAUACUUGGUAAGUAUGGUACUACUGCAAGAAAUGUUUCUAGAAACAAAGCUGUAACUAAGCGCUAGUAGUACUCGGUUUCUUUGCUUUCAGCAAUCAGUUAGUAGCAAGUGCAUGCUACUUAGAUAAUUGAAGGAUCUGUUGACUCUACUCUCUUUGAGAACUUUGUUUACUAAACGCUUCAUAGUAUACGAGUAGAUGAGUAAUUAUGUAGAAAGUAAGUCGUAAUGUUCAUGGAUAAUGCUGUAAUUCACAAGCACUCGUAUAUCUUAGAAACUGCUAAGAAGUUCAAGGUCACUCUGCUAUUUAAUGCAGAAUACUCACCUUGGUUGAAUCCAGUGGAGUAAUUGUUUGCUUAUAUUAAGAAAAACCUAGAGGUGCAAAACAUCUAAAACAAGUAAGAUAGUGGCCAUUAACAUUACUAGGAAGUAACUUGUAAGCAAAGUGUCCUCUAUCAUUAAGGACAUGAAUCAAGUCGAUGUUGA